GGUGCCCCGCGCCGUGCGGUGCCGGCGGUGUGUGCGGUGCCGGCGCUGAGCUCGGCGUGGCGGCUCCGCGGUGCUGCGUCGGCGGCAGCGAUCGCUCCUUGCAGCAGAUGUACGAGGUCAGUGGCUCUGGGGGCGCCCACGGCUUGAUCUGGCAGAAACCUCGUGUUACCCGGCCGACGUUAAGGGGGAUGAGUGAGAGAACGCUGCUGGGAUAGGUGUCCCAAGUGUGGGCUUUGUGCUACCUUUAUUCGAGCCCCUGUGCCAGCAUAAUGUGGAUCUUGCAGUCCUAUUUGAUAUAUUACUGUUGCUGCUCCUGUUAAGUAUGGUCCUCCUGCCAGGUGUGGGGUUGCUCUGCCAACGGGGCUGGGUUGCCUUUCCCUAAUGGUUUCUUGGCUGUCAACAAGAAGAAAUGAAGUGUGGUCUCAUCAGCCACGUGAAGGACUUUCUGCCAAUGGCUCCUCAGGUUCCUGGGCUGGGGGGAGCAGUGUGGUAUUGCCAUCAGACAUUUGGUACCAUGGAAUGUUAUUCGUGCAGUGGGAGAAGGAGGAGAUGGUGGAAUUUCUCAUGGCUGUUUGGUAAUGCCUGUUUCAACAGAGGGGAGUCUGAGCUGUUCCCAUUGCUGGAUGUGAUAUUCUUUAAGCAGCUUUAUAGCCCCUUUCAGUAGGUUUCCUUUAACUUUGCCACAGGAAGAGUUGCAGUGCAUGGCAGCUGUCCUCGAGAAGCCGUGCGGAUGGCCCUGCCUUGUGGGGGGGAUCUCAGCCGUAUGCAGAAGCUGCAAAGCAGCACACUUCCCUUCCAGCACAGGAGAGGAAUGGAACAGCUUUGCCUUAGUUAUUGGUUAACCAGCGUGGUUCCCUAUGGGAGCACACCUUUAUCCACUGUCGGUGUUUUGAAUGUGGUGUUCUAGUGAAAUGUUCUAAGUGGCUGUAAAACUCAUGGGGGGGGGGCUGCUAUGCUGUUAGCUGGGCUUCAGUGUGCAAGUGCCCACUCAGUGUGUUUGGGUAGCUGAUCCCUUAAAUUCUGAAGUGUAGCAUAAUAAUUGCAAUCCUGUUGGUCUUCCGCCAGUCAUUUAGGCUGCACUGAACAUAAGAUGCAUUCUGUAAGCACUUCCUGACAGCAUAACCAUGCUUGAGCACAGUGCUGCAGCUAUAGGGCUGCGUAGUCGCAGGGCGUCUUUGGAUGUGACUCUGCUUGGAAUCUUGUUGGUGGUGUGCAGAUGAAUGUUGUUACAAACUGUUUCUGCUCAAUCCCUGUUUGUUUUGUCUGUGCGGAUCCAAGGAUAGACAUAUCUCCUGCUUGUGCAGGGCUGCAAACUCCACAGUAAAGCAUGGUGGGUUGUUCUUUAUUUUAUCAUACAAGUGAAAAAGCAGUCUGCUGGAUGUGCCGGAGUUCACUGGGAUCUUAACUUGUCUUUGUCAUGUUUUGAGCACUGUGAUGUGCUUGGCAGACCUAAAGAACUUAUAGAUUUUACAGUUUAUUCACUUUGUUGUAAGAAAGUAAGUCUUUUAGUAACAAUAAAACAAACAAAUCCUUUUAGAUGCAGAUGGGGAGGCUGCAAACUUCCGAAGUUCAGUACUGGCGAGCUUUGCUGUGUGAGGGAAUUCCAGUUCUUCCUUCAGCAAAGCCUCCUCAGCCCUUGGUUUGCUCAGCCUCCUGCUGAAGGGCUGCUGAGGUCCCGGAGCUCUUCCUGCUCACUGAGGUCUGCACAUCAGCACUGCUGCGGUGUUUCCUAAGCAUAAAGAGAACGAGUUUUUUAGGCUUGUCUGUAUUCGGACUGACCAACCAGCUCUGGGAAGUGCUUCCAUACAAACUAGAGCAAAGCCACAUCCUUAAUGCUUUCCCUCUGUUUGCCAGCAUAAACUACUUAUUAUCAAGCGUGGCUGGAUUUCUUUCUGUGCUGUGGAAACUUGGGAUGUUUCUCCACCCCUUGGGAUCUGAAAUCAUUCCUGUUCCUCAUCUCUAUAGACUGCAGUGUAAUCUAUCCCUCUUGGAUAGGAAGACAGAAAUACAUGGUAUGAGGCAAAAAUCUUGUUUCCUUUAUUCAUCUUUAAAUGUCUUUAUUUCCUGGAGGUCACGCUUACAGUAAUAUAGGAGUACAUACUUAAGUUCCCCAACUCUCUGUAGAAAAGGAGUUUGACCAGGGCUGCUGCUAAGAGCUUUGACGUGGGCAGAAUUGUCACUGUGUGACAGCAUGCUUCGUGCUGCUCCUCGCUCUGCCCACUGCUGCUCCUGGAGGGCUUUUCCCUCCGCACAGCCCAGCGCUGUGUGCAGAGCUCUGUGCCCACAGCACCUGCAGGCAGGCAUGAUGCAAGGUUUUGCUGUUUAUCCAGCACCCAACUAGGUGACCUUGAGGCUUGUCAAGGAAAACAAGCUAUGGCGUGGGCUCAGCUGCCUCCUGAGCAGCAAACAGUGGCUGGGAAGGGUAUCCUGUAACUCACGGACAUGGGUAAUUAAACUGAAGUACAAAGUAAAUGCUUGGGCUGUGCUUGUACUAAGACGCUUAAAAUAAAGACACUUCUUUGCGAGCAGCCUCCUGCUCUCUUUGACACAGUACAAGUGCUCACUUGCAGAGCCGUUUUGAAAUAACACAAGUGGAACUCUGCUCAGACCCCCGGUCUGCAGGCUGGGCCGUACUGCGCAUCCGGGCUGGGAGCUGCAGCUCUGUGCUUCCUGCAUGUGAGUGAGAGCUGUUGUAACACUGGGCCUGUGGUUGGCUGUGUGGUGCCCAGGGCACAGCAGCCUCUGUAAUUUUGUCACUGGCUGUCCCUGCCGACGAGCUGGUAAUGCUGCUGUUGGCUGCGUCCUACUGGUAGCUGCACUGGCACCGGCACUAAAACGGUGCAUGGAAUGGGGCAGACCCAAAUGUCAGUCCCAAAUCGGAACAUGACAUUCUCUGUCCUCUCUCAUCAUUGCUUUAUGAUGACAUCAUCUCAUCUCAAGGCUGAGACUUCUCAGGAGGCUGUCACACCUUACCUGCUAUGCAGAGCUUUUUGGGCAGAUACCAGGAAGCACCCAUUUUGGUUAUUUUGGUUGCAUACCCGUGCCCUUCAAACCAAAGGCUGGUGCUGCUUUGCGCAGAGCUGAUGCUAAGCAUGUUUCAGCUUUUGCUGCCUCUCUUGGGCACCCUGCCCCAGGUCAGUGGGUGCAGGGGCACUGCUGCAGGCUGUGCUGGGUGGCUGUGGCACCAGUGGGCUGGCAGCUUGCACAGCCAACAGCAUUUUGUGCCUAAGAUGCUACAGACAGUUCUUCAGGUGAUUAGGUUUAGUUCCUGCACUUGGAGGAGUGAUUACCUUAGGAGUUUCUAAUCGAUACUUGUGACAUCCUUACCAGCAAGGCAGCAUGAGGCCUCUUGGCACCUCUUUUGAUGUAUAUGUGAAAGGGAAUGGAAGCUGUCCUGCAGUCCAGGCUAGGAGUGGUCCUGAUGGGUAUUGGAACAAGGUGCCAAAUGGCCCGGUGGGUUUUAUCCUGAACUCCGUGGCUGCUGUGCUGACCCCAUCCUAACACUGCAGGCUGGGAUGUUUUCUUCUCCUGCAAAGGGUUGCUGCCUGCUUUGAGCCUGCAGUGACAACUGGUGAGUGUACAAUAGCCCAGCAGUGAGAAGCAGCCGGGGGAGUGAUGAGAUGCAGCUUCAAAGUGCUGGGAAAGAGCCUUUCUUUUUAUUGGUUUCUCUAAAGGAUCAAAUUAGCUGUCUGCUAAAGUCUUUUAAUGUUAAAGCUUCCAGAGCAUAAGCGAUGACCUGUGAAAAGGAGUGUUUGAAUCUAGCCCCUGUGUGUGAUGAGGUCUGGCAUGUCCAUUACGGCCAAUUACAGUGACAGGUAGCGGAGUGUAAACAUUCCUGCUCCUGCUGCUCCCGUGCUGGCUCCAGCCUGCGGUUCCUCCUUGGAAAAGGCAAAUCAGCUCCCAGCCAGCACACAGAGCAGCCUUUCAGAACCUCUGCUCGAGUGGUUCAGCAUCGGCAGCCCAGAGGCUGAGACUUGGGCCCUUCAUCCAAACCUGCUGUUCUUGAAUUGCAUCACGUUUGUUUGAGAUGCAAACAUUACGUAUGGAGCGUCUGCUUGUGACACACUGCAGCACGUCCAGAAUUUGUCCCUGCAUGGGGGCUCUCCAGUGUGCUGCCCUGGUGGCAGUGCUUGGAUCUCAGGGAUAAACUUGCUCCCAAAGUGGCUGCAGCAGGAGUGUGCAAAGCUUUGCCUUAAAUGGAGCUUCAACUGUUAGACUUGAGUAACUACCCAAUCGGAGGAAGCUAUUGCAUUGAGCAAUCUAAUUUGUGGCCCUGAAAUAGCUUCUUAUUUGAACAGCUUAGUAAAAACACUCUGCACAGUCAUCUUGAACCCUCGGAGAUUUUAAACUCUCAGCUAUUUGGAGAAACAUGGUGCCCUUCCCAUGCUGCAGCAGGAGAUGGAAGCAGUUUGCACUGCUUCUCCCCUCCACACUGCCCUGGGGAGCUGUCUGAAGGCUGCGAGGCAUGGCAGGAGCUGCAGCCGUGUGCUCCUUCCUCCUCCUGGGCACAGAGGCAGCGCUUCUGCAUCUUCCUCUGACAGUUUCCUCCUAUUCAGUCGGAUCAAAGGAUUGGUGGGCGUCUCCACACCUGUCUGACAACUGAAAAAGAGAUAUGUUGAGGAAAGAAUGUGUGCUUUUAUAGCUCACGUGGUGUAAACCUACCAAUGUUUAUUUGGGAGUGGUGUGUUUCUAGAACGCAUCGGUUAGAAAUGCUUCACGCCCUUCUUCAUCACCCAAUAAUUAGGAGACAACUUGAGCGCAGUGGCUGCUUGAAGAAAGGGUGGUGAAAUCCAGGACUGUGCCUACUUGGACAGCGAAGGCAUCUACAGCGAGUCGGAGCUCUUCCCUGAUGAGGACGCAAUGACUCUAGCACAGCAGGAGGUUCACCAUGAGUCUGACAUGGACAGUGCUAUUGAGAGUGCCCAGAGCUCAGAGGCCUCUGAUGUGUGUCGGAGCGAGGAGAAGGAUGGCAUGCUUGGUGUCCUGUUUCUGUCUGGUGACAAGGCAAGUCCUCACAACCCUUCUGCAGCAUCUGACCUCUCCACUUAUUCCACCACCUCACUGAUCAGUAAUGAAGAGCAGUUUGAAGACUAUGGGGAAGGAGAUGAUGUGGAUUUUACUCCCAGUAGCCCCUGUCCUGAUGAUGAGACCAGAACCAACGCCUACUCUGACCUUGGCUCAUCUGUAUCUUCCAGUGCUGGCCAAACACCCCGAAAAAUGAGGCAUGUUUAUAACAGCGAGUUACUGGAUGUUUACUGCUCACAGUGCUGCAAAAAGAUAAAUCUACUCAACGAUUUGGAAGCCAGGCUGAAAAACUUGAAAGCAAACAGCCCUAACAGGAAAAUAUCAAGCACAGCCUUUGGAAGGCAGCUCUUCCACAAUAGCAACUUCAGCAGCAGUAAUGGCAGCACAGAAGACCUCUUCAGAGACAGUAUAGACUCCUGUGAUAAUGAUAUAACUGAAAAGGUAACAUACCUAGAAAAAAAGGUUACAGAAUUGGAAAAUGAUAACCUGACUAAUGGUGACCUAAAGAGCAAACUGAAACAAGAGAACACGCAGUUGGUUCACAGAGUUCAUGAGCUGGAAGAGCUAUUGAAAGACCAGGAGACAUCAGCAGAACAAACCCUGGAAGAAGAGAUAAAGAGACAUCGAGAAGCUUAUAGCAAGUAUGAAAAAGAGAAAGGCACCGAAAUUGAACUGCUAAAUACAAGGGUUCAGCAACUGGAAGAAGAGAAUGGUGAGCUGAAAAGCACUGUCAUGCGACUGAAAUCACAAACGGAGAGAUUAGAUGAGGAAAGGCAACGCAUGUCAGAUAGGUUGGAGGACACCAGUCUGCGACUGAAGGAUGAGAUGGAUUUGUACAAGAGAAUGAUGGACAAACUGCGACAGAACAGACUGGAAUUUAACAAAGAGAGGGAAGCCACACAGGAGCUUAUUGAGGACUUGCGAAAGGAACUGGAGCACUUGCAGCUCUACAAGCUGGAAUGCGAGCGUCCUGGACGUGGGAGAAGUUCCUCAUCCAGCGUGAGUGAAUUCAAUGCUAAAACCAGAGAGGUGGAAAUGGAGCAUGAAAUAAAACGGCUGAAGCAGGAGAAUCAGAAACUUCGUGACCAAAAUGAUGAUCUUAAUGGACAGAUUCUUAGUUUGAGUAUCUACGAAGCUAAAAAUCUCUUUGCAACACAAACAAAAGCCCAGUCACUGGCUGCUGAGAUUGACUCUGCAUCAAGAGAUGAGCUCAUGGAAGCCCUUAAAGAACAGGAGGAGAUCAAUUACAGAUUGCGACAGUAUAUGGACAAGAUCAUUUUGGCAAUCCUAGAUCACAACCCAUCUAUCUUGGAAAUAAAGAAUUGAAGAGAAUACAGAAAGGAAAAGCAGCAACUGCCCUAUAUUUCUGCACAUGCCACUGGAUCUAAACAACACUCUGAUACUGUAAAUUAAUCUAUAAAUGUAUAUAUACACUACAUGUGAGUGUGGGUGCGCGGGUGUGUUUAUAUGACAUUUGGUACACUGUUAUUUGUCAAUGGAUUGGCUUGGUUAGACUUCCUUGCACUUUCAAUACCUGUGUCAAGAUAGAUACUGUAUAUUAAUGUAAUAACAAUAUAACUGGAUUAUGCUGUUUUAGAUACUGGACAAAAUGACUCUACCUCUAGUCGUAAAGGUGGAAGAAAGACAAUGGAAACACAUGGAUGUGACCCUAACUUUAGGAGCAAGAUUUGUUCUUUUGUUCUUCCAGGAAUUUGGGUACCACAGAGCAAACAUUAUACCCAGGUUCAGUUCCUAACUGGUGCUGACUGUAAUUUCCUAUUCAAUUGAGCUUUAUUACUUAAACAACAUCCAGGAAAAGAAAAUUUGUGGGAAAGGAAAGACACAAAGUAAAAAGAAAGAAGUGGAAGGUAUUGCUGAGUUGUUGCUAUCUGUAAAAUCACCAUCUGUUUGCCACUGUCGGCACCAAGUGCUUUCUAUAGAAGAUCACUCUGCUUUGGGAUGCUUUGAGCCAACACACUCUUUAGUGUGUGUGUGUGCACGUGUAUAUUUUAUGCCAGGGUUCCUGUAGCACUGAGGCUAGGAAUCACUUCACCUCUAUUCCCCUAUUUUCAGGGGUUCGUUGUAGAAUGGCAUGGGUUGGAAGGGACUUUAAAGCUUGUACAGAUCAUGCUACCUGCUGGAGGCAGGAUUGCCACUUACUAGAUCAGGCCAGCCUGGCCUUGAAUGCCUCCAGGGAUGGGGCAUCCACAGCUUCUCAAGGCAGGCCUGUCCUGCCUCUCCACCCUCUAAGUAAAAAAUUUCCUCUAAAUAGCUAACUUGAAUCUCCUUCCCCUGCUUUUCAAAACCAUUCUCCCCUGUCCUAUUACUAUCACACUGUAAAAAUGGAUCUCCCUCUUGUUUAUAAGCUCCAUUUAAAUACUGAAAGGCUGAAGUGAGGUUUCCCUGGAACCUUCUCUUCUCCAGGCUGCACAAGCUCAGCUCCUUUAGUGAUCCCUCACAGGAGAGGUGAUUCAGCCCUCUCAUCUUCGUGGCCUUCUCGGGACGCACUCUUAACAGCAUCACAUCUUGUGCUGGUCACCGUAUGCCAGGUGGGGCCUCAAGGGCAGAACAGAGGGGGACAGUCACCUCCCUCUUUGGAUGUGGCCCAACCCACUGUUGUACAGUUGGCCUUCUGCUGAUGGCCCAUGUCCAGCUUUCUGUCCAUCAAGACCCCCCCCCCAGCUUCUUCUCCACAGGGCUGCUGUCAAUGAGUUGAACUCACAGCCUGUGCUCAUGUCUGGGAUUGCUCUGGCCGUGGUGCAGCACCCCGUGCUUGGCCUUGCUGAACCUCAUUUGGUUCAUGUGAGCACACUUCUUGGGCCUGUCCUUCUCAAGUCCUUUCCUUCUACAGUGUGGGCAGCACGUGGGCCAUUCAGAUGAAUUCUGCAAUCUCAUAUCUUCGUAAUUUCAAAUGUUUCACAGGAGGAGCAUAUUUCAGUUCUAAAAUAAUAGUAAUAAAAUAUGUGUUAAGUUGCUUUCCCACCAUCAGACACUGCAUUCCUUGGGGAGUGGCAUUUUGUGGACGAGCUGUGGGAAGGGCCACCUGGGUCCUAACACAGUGAUAGGGGAAGUCUCAUGUGAAGUAACUUCUACUUAUAGGGCAGUAAAAAAUAGAAGAGCUUGUUGGUCAUGCAUAAGUUGUCAAUCCAGACUGAGUACACACGUGCUUGUCUGAAGCUCUGAACAGGGAAUGUGUUCUGCUUUCCAUGAGCAGUUAUGUGAGCACUUAACCUUCAAUGCAUACUGUGACUGCUCAUAGAACUCAGUGGGAUGGGACGUAAAGCUUUAAAAUUGAACAUGUGCUUAAUUGCUGCCUUAAGUAGAGACGGACUUCAACGUGUGCCUGUGUUUUCCUGUGCUGGAUCUCUGUACUGUAGGGCUGGGACCUUUCUAGUUAAUAAUGUAGCUGAUAUAUAAAAGAAGCUUAGGGAAUUGCCUGAUAAUGGAAUGCUUAAACAAUUUUUAUUCCAUGCACUUUUUUUUUAAGUAAAAAUUCCACACUUCAGAAUUCCUUUUGAUCGAUGCCAGCUGGCACAGAAAAAUAGGCCCUUCCUAAUGGUGAUCUGGCUCUUCCCAUUGCCCAGAGCUGUUUCCUCUAUUGAAUACACUGCCCAGGAGAAUGUUACAGUAGCAGUGACUGUGCUUUUCUGUGUAUAUCUUGCUGUUGGCAGCCUUGCCCCUAGUAUUCUCUUGAUGUAUCUUGGCGUGUAUAUGUGAUACAUUUUUCCUGAAUUUGAAUACAUAUAUGUAUUCAGCUAUAGGUGUAAAUAUAUAUAUAUUUUUCUGCUGUUUUUGUGCUCUUGCCUUCAGUGACAUGUUACUGGAGUGUUGGGAAGGGGAGGGGGAGAGAUACUGAAAUUAGGCUUUCUUGAAGGCAAGAAAAUAAAAGCAUUUUGUUUCUAUGUAUCUGCAGUAGGCAGGUGUAAAGUAACUGGAAAGCCAGAGGGACCAGAGGAAUAAUCAUGGGAUGCAACAUCCCAGAAGCAAAGAAGUCAGUAGGACUUCAGUGCACUGGGAGAAAUGUUACAGUCUCAGUCGAACAGUGCUGUCUCAGGGCUGGAUUCCUGAGGCUACAGGGUAAUCUGAAGGAAAGCAUUUAAAGACUGUCCCUUUACCAGCUGGGAAUGGCGUAAAAUGUUCUCUGCUAAAUUGCAGCAGCUUCUGUUUGUGGAGAAACAGGUGGAUCACCGUGGAUCACCCCACAGUACGCCCUGUUCCCACCACUGCUGUUUCUGGAUGUGCCACCCAGCAGGUAGGAGAGAAACAGUUAAACCAGCUUGGUGCUACCUACAGAUACCUGCCAGGAGGACUCUUCACCUGUGAUGCAGUGAUGAUGUCUCCAUCUGCGUGGUGCUGUUAGUGAAUUGUGCCAAGGACUUUGCUCUUCCUGUUGGCCACUGAGAACUGUUUCAGUUGUCACGUGGCUGUUGCUAACGUCCUGUGUCGUGCAGGGCUGGGUGAGCCAGCAGCCCUGCUAAUGGGGCUUACUGCUUGGUAAGUUACACUUCUGUCCCGCUCUCCUGCUCUGGAUUUACACGUAAGUGAAGCUGUUGCAGGUCAGACUGGUGACUGAAUGUUUUUCCCCUGAAUAUUUUGAAGUAAACUGGACUCAACUUUAAGAUUUUAAUCAUCUGAAACCCAUUCUUGUUAGGGUCAGCAAAUGUUGAGGACUAGGACUAGAUUGCAGAAAACUGUGCUGAGCACUUGGGAAGCAAUGCGCACGGCUGGCUUCAUGGAACCUGCAGAGCUGAAGGGCACGAGUGGAAGAAAUGGAUGUGGUAAUAUCCAAGAUUCUGUGCAGGUAAAUGUGUAAAAAGUUAAUGGUUACUGAUAGUGACUGACCACUGAAAUCCUGGAAAUGGUAUGUUAGCCCAGAGUGCACAGCAGUUAAUUUUCUACAGAUUUGCAGGACUUGUUGCUUAGCUCUGCACCCAGCUGCUUUAGAAUUUAAAAGGUGUUCAUUCCUUGCUCCAUGGUGUUGGCAUUUGAAGAGGUUUCUUACCGCCAUGUUGGUGAUGUUUGUAGCUUUGUUGUUCUGCAUAAAGAAGUUUCAGUUCCAUUCCUGUGGGGCUGUUGGCAUGGUACUGCUUUCAAUUAGUUCUCAAAUACAUAUCCAGACACUUUCUGUGUUUUACAAGUAAGGUGAGUUGGAGAUGGGAGAUCCAUUUCUUUGGCAGAUAUGCUUUCCUCUACGGUAUCCACCUCUAAAAAUAAUUAGUUGGCAAUUGCAUUUUUAAGCUGUCUGACAAUAGCUCCCCAGUAACUACAGGCUCUUAGACCAAACCUGGAGAACCCUUCUAUCCUACAAAAUCAGUCAUCACAUUUUUUGACAUAAAGGUAACUUGGCAGUAAGGGAGAUUGUCUUUGGUGGGUCACUGGAGCAGUGGGAAAAGUAAUUGGGGACCAGUUUUGCAGAGAAUGCAUAUUUCAGUCAAUAUUUCAAACAGAAAUGUGGUAUAGUAUCAUUCUAGCAAUACUCAAAUGCAGUAAACGUUCUUGUGUUAAAAUCAUGCUUCUCUUUUAACCCUCAGGGAUGCAAACACAAUCCAAGGUACUAUCUCUUGAUCUGCUCUUUAGCUCUUUAUACUGCAGGUUCUGAAAAGCUAAGCGAUAUUCUGAUCAAAAUAAUUGCAAACCACUGCAGGUGUUUUUGUAUGGUGGAAAAAAGAAGCGAGUUGCUCCUGGCUAGAAGCAGACCUUCGCCAGGCUGAUCACACACACAGGCUGCUGUGGAAAAAUACCUCUUCCAAAAGUUGCACUUAAAAGAGUUCCUGAAAUGUAGUAUUUCAAGAUUUGCUGAUAUUGGCUGCUUCACUCCAAAUGCCAGCCUUCAGCUACUGGUUUCAGAGCGUGGUGCUGAUCCAAAACUGUACUGACAGCGGAGCAUUUUUCAGCUCUUUUAGUAACUUGUAAUAAAGACUCAAGUUGUUUGCUGUGUUUUGAAGUGUGACAGUGACAAACUGUAACCAUCCAAUCUAUUUCCAAAGGAGUCAUCAACACAUAGAUUUCUAGCAAGUCUCAAAAACAUCCAUACGCUUUUACUGCCAAAACUUUACUUUUAUGGUCUUGGGAGAAAUUCAGAUGGUUGUCAGCCAGCUCUGUAGGCGUUUGAGUGCAGUGUCAUUAAUUAACGGGUGUAUCAGCAAACACCUUGCUGUCUGAGUGCAGCAAGGCUCUGUUCUACUCUCCAGAAGGGAUCUUGGCCUACUGUACCUAGACUGCCUAAUCUGUUUAGUAAUUGAGUGUUUGGAAGGUGUGUGUGAACCUUGAUCGUGGCCUGCAUCAGUCGCUGUUCAGCAGUCUCUGGGUCAUAGUGCUAAUGGCAUGCAAUGAGUCUUUGAACUAGAACUUACAAGUAAAUACUUCUUUUCUUCUUUAGUGGCAGUGAGUAUACAGUGUUUUUUUCUUAAAACAAAUACUGCAUGGAUGUUUUCCAAGGAAGGAAGCAACAGCUGAUCUGACACUCAGUGGUUUACGUUGAGUUCAGUGAAAACCGACUCAAACUUUAACUAAGCAGUAACUGCAUUGGUUCUGGCAUAAGCAGUAGUAUUCGUGCUCUUGUUAGGUCGUUUGUUACUUAAGGAGCAUACUCAAGAAAGCAUGACUGCUUGUAUAGCCAGCAGCUGAUUUCAAAGGAAAGGAAGCGUUCAGCAGCUGCUGGCACGUUGUUCCAUGGCAGCACCUUGGGAUUGUUUUCUCAGUAUUUCUCAAUCCAAAAUAUUGAUCCCAGGGCAGCUUGGUGUUGAAGCGUGUAGCAUGUGUGAGUUUCUUCUCAUUUAUGGAAGCUUUGCACAUAUGUUGGUUGGAAUCCUAUAAUCCUUGCAAGGGUUCUGUUCUGCACAGAGGGAGGCUUCGCUGGGGCUUCUGUGGUUAUUCUCUGUUUUAGGAGACAGUGUUGGUUCAGCUGAGCACUACAAACAAAAUCUUUCAGUAAUUUAACCAAAGGCUUGUGUGUCUAGCACACAAUAAUGCGGAACUUGAGCUGUGGAUUAUAUUUAUUAGGGUUUUUUAUUAUAUAGUGACUAGAAGAGGUGUGAAAUCCCCACUGUGAGUAGCUUGUUGUCCUUUUAAAAAGAUUUAGAGAAAAUUCUCACCUACUGCCUCUCACCCUUUGUUUUCUAUAACCACUAAAGAAAGGAAAGAGAGAAGAGUUCUGUUAUGCUCGGGGGAAAAAAUAAAAAGAAAUGAAGAAGGAAGAACUGAUGGCACCCACAGAGAAGCCUCUCAUGGCCGCCCUUAGCACUGAUAAAUGUUUCAUGUGCUUUUUUUUUCCACCUGAGAUCUCGUUUGUGGUCAUUCAGUCUUCUGUAUCAAAAUACAGCAGUUGCAGGUUGAACACUGAAGGACAAAGUUGAGGUUUACUGAGGGUUAAAAUGCAGGUGAGCCCUUUGCACAGACCAGCUCAGUUAUCCACUGUUUGUGCACAUCAAUGGUGAUCUGUCUGGGAGGGGACCUCGUGCUGAAUUGGUGCUCUCAGAAAAGGCUCUUUCAGGCUGGCUGGAAUCUCCUUGAGGGUGGGCUUUGUUCCUGUGCUCCUUUUGCUUGCACCCCCUCGGUGUGACAGGUCAUCUGCAGAGCAAAGGGCUGUGCCCUUAUUUGCAGGGGAGGAUCAAGCAAACUAUUCCUGCUCCUUCUGUGUUUCCAGCAUGCGAAGGAGCAGCCACUGCUGAGGCUCAGAGGGAAGGACCACCUCAGUCCCACUGUGAGUGAGACUAAAGUCCGCAGCACUGGGGCAUCCCUGUAAGCUUUACCUCGAUCCUGUGUAGCUAUCCAAUGGCGUGCUGUAAUUGUACACUGUUUGCAAGGCACGAACCUACUGGCUUAGCCUAGCAAGCAUAACUUACAGAUAAUGGCAGCUGCCCAUUCAGACUGAAACAUCAGCAGGUUGGGUGACUGCAGGCAGUUUGUGACAGUGCAGAGCCAGCAGGCAGUGCUACAUUGCCUUCCUUAUGCACUUUUCUUUUUCUUUUUUUCCUUUGGUUUAUUGGCUUUGGUCUUGAAUUUAUUUCAACUGUGAGAGCAGUACACAUUGAAACAUAUAAUUAGGGAGAGAGUAUUUUUAACUUAAACUUUAGCCUAGUGAAGAAAGCAUUAAUAAACAUGGACUUCCUUGGUAUAUUUUGGCUACCUAGCCCUAGAAUCUGUGUGUGUUACUUAUGUAGGUGUUGUUAGUGGUGCAACUGUGACAUCUGAGCUGUCAGCUUUCACAUCACCGCUCUCAGCAGAGUGAAAUUCACCCUGGCAAACCUCUGCAAAGCCCACUGUGCCCUGGCCAAGGGCAGGGAAGGGGUUGCUCUGGUAGACACGCGUUCAAUAUGCAGUAAGUAGUGGAUGCAGAAGGGCUGCACUUACUCUUCCACCCAGACAGCUGGAGCAUUGAUUGUGUUACACCAGCCAACGUCAGCUCCAUUUGAUUUAAUACUUUAUCCUUAGCUAAAUUAUCCUGGCUUUGGAGAAAGGAAAUGGGAAGGGAGAAUUUGGUAUGGUGUGAACACUUCACUGUGCUGCGGGGCAGUAAAUGUUGCACUUACAGUAUGUUUCAAUACUGUGAUAUGCUGAGAAUUACUGUAAAACCACUUGUGGGAGCCGUUUGUUUUGCUUUGUUGCACAGGUCGGACGUACAUCUUUUGCAUGGUUAUACAUUUUAGUAUUUGUGCCUUUUACUCCUCUGUUGUGAGAAUGCAUUGUAUUGUCACAUUUCAUCUCUGCUGUUUGGGGUACUUUUUAUAAAAGCUUUUAUUUUUCAUUUGAUCUCCACUCAGAUUUUCAUGUAAUGUAAAUGUCUGUAUAUAUAAAAUAGCUCAGAUUUGUAUUCAUGUGCCUGAGAUGUAAAAAAAUACUCAUUUUAUACAGGUUUUUUUAGAAGCACUAGGCCAUGUUCGGAAUUACUUAGCAAAUGAAAUGUAAUAUAAUCAGCAGUUCUUUGUCCUGUCUUAGCAGUGUGCUGUCGGGUGGCUGGUCUCUUUAUGGCAGUAUCUCACACACUCCCUGGAUCUGUUCUGGUGUCACUAUGAGACCAAUUCUAUCUGCUUGUUAGUUCUGGUUAAUUGGAAAUAAAACACCCAGCUGUGCGUUAAGGUCCUGCCUCGAUGGUUGUAGUUUUUGUUCACAUCAGAGAUUAUUUGCUUCCAUCUGUACCUGAAAUAGACGUCAGACAAAAACCUCCUUUGAACACAUUGCCCGUGUUAGGUUUAUUUCAGUUCUGGGGUUAUUUUUGUGGAAGUGGGUGAGUGAUUUACUUUGACUAUUGAAAUUAAAAAGGAAACAGCAGCGCCAACUUAGAGAUCCUCCUCCUUGGGGUAAAACGCUUUGGAUUUCUGCUUCUCCUCCCUUCCUGCCUUCUGUGGCCGCUUUUCCUAAGGAAGGACCCCGGGUCCGCACAGCUGGAAGUGUGCGCGAAGAGCAUGAAGGUAACGGGGGCAGAGUUUCUUACCCGGGUGCCAAACUGUCCCUUAAGCACCUCUCGCGGACGUGAGAAACGGAGCGUCUCGCUUUCCACGUUCAGCAGCUGCAGGGUAAGCUCGGGUUUGCAGCACAGCGCUGCGUUCAUUGGAGCGCUGACCCCCUCGGCUGGUCAGAUGCUGGAAUUGUUCCCUCUGUGGCUUACGGAGCACCUGAUAAGCACCGCAGAGAUGGUGAGAUAAGAAACGGUGAGGCGUACAAAAAGUAAUGCCUACCGAAAACUCCAAAGCCCAAAGUUUUGAUCCAUAAAAUACGACGUUCUCUCCUCGGAGAGCUGGAAUGCUUAAACUGGAUCUGCCAUCCGCCCCUCAGCCCAUGAAGCCGCCUUGGAAGCAAGGAGGUGGUUUUAUUUUUGACUUCAAGGGCGGCUUGGUUUGAAACUGAGCAAAGUCCAUUCGCUCCAUUGCUACAGAAGAAAGCGGCCAGCAAAACCAGCGUACAAUUAUUCGUGACUUCGUUCUGUAAUUUACACCACCGUGAAGCAAUGUCAGUCCUGUUGCACUGUGCUAUUUUCUCUGUAUUUUCUCGAAGUACCUUAUGGGGACAAUAAAGCCAGCUUCGCUCACGUGAAUCCUUUCACCUCGCUGUAACGAGCAACACAUGGAAACAGUUAAAUAGUUUGCUUUCCCUGCACGACUGCAGAGCUGUGCGCGGGGGGGGAGGGGGGGAACGGGUGGGAGUCCCUCUAUUUCUGCACGGUACGUUUGAAGGCACCGCGCAGCGCUGCACGCGGGGAUGCGAUGUCGGCACGCGGCUGUGCGCCGCUCCUCGUGCAGCGCUGCGAGCUCCUCGAGCCCCAGCUGCGAGCUGUUAGCGGGACCGGGGCCAGCUGCAAUGAACUAAUGGCGGACCGGGGCGCCUGACGGGCGGUCGGCACCUGCGGCGCUGCUGGGGGUCCGUGUGAGCUCCGCGGGGCUGCGCUCCCAGUCGCGGAACGGCGCUCCCAGCAGCGGGACGGCCGCGCGCCGCUCCUCAGCCGCUCGAGCUGUGGGGGCGCUGCGCCGCGCCGGAGGGGGAACCUCGGCUGAGACCCGGACCUCUGGAGCGGCACGCUGAGCGCUGCAGCCACGUUCCCAGCACACGGGUUCUGCACGCCAUGGGGAGCAGCCAGCAGGUGUUUGUGGGAGGAGCUGCAGUCCAGAGACCUGACCUCAGGUGUGGAUGUGUCCCCUGCUGAUGGGGGACCUGUCUGCCCUGUGCCUGAUCCAGUUACCUCCAAAGCACCGCACGCUCACACUCAAUCCUUCCAUGCAUGGAGCUGUGCUGCUCAACUCGGUGUAGCUGUUCCUGCUGUGAUCUUCAGUGAGCAUCACUGUGAUUGCUGACAGCUCGUACAAAUAGAACAUUUCAACUGCUUCUGUUAGAGCUGAAUUCUAUGUAAAGGAGAAGUGACUAGAAACCCCAGACUGGGUCCCAGGUCUUGCUUAACUUUGUAAUGCACGCUGACUUGCUGACGCGACUCCAGUUAAGGUAUGGUAUGAAUCAGGAGCUCCAACAGCCGCUGCGGAAUGAGCGCGUUCACAUGAAGUCAUCCUGCAGCAGCUAUUGCAGAAUAGUCAACUGCUCUGUGUAAGCAAGCCCUAAAAGCCAAUCCUGGUCCCAGCGGCUGUGUGACUAGGUAAGGGAGGUAAAGGGCACAAGAAAGGCACCCUUCUGUCAGCUAUGGAUGGGCUGGGAGCAAAGAAACCCGUGCUGCUCAGGGCUGCCUUGCAGGCCGCUGCUUUUGGAGUGGUUUGGUUCAGGACUUUCUGCUUUGAUGCCUUUGAUUUCUGAGACUGGCCCUGCGUACGAAGCCGCAGACUGUUUCCUCAUUUAGCCAGUGCAGUGUCUUCACCUGAUACCGAAACAAGAUGGAAGGAAUUGAAUGUUUCCCCCGGUGUGGCUGGAAUUGAUCUGCUUUUAACCCAUUAUCUACCGAUGGAAUAAACAGAAGCAGCUCCACUACUACCAGGAUGGAGAACAACCACCGACUCUUAGUACCGGAAACAGGAAGAUCCAGAAGGGGUUUUUGUUCCUACGUUACAAUUUUUAUCUUUAGUAUUCACAUCAUACUCAAAGUAAGAAUAUUUAUAUGCUAAAAUAAACCCCUUUUUGCUUUGUGAUACUGGAUUGAGCCUGCCCACCUUCUUCCUAUCACAGCUCUGACCCAUGGAGAGAGCCAAGUGGUGGAUGUGGAGGUCAGAAGGGGCCCUCCGAAUGCAGGGGAUGCACACAGAGCAAUCCUGCAGCCCGUCCUGAAGCCGGUGCAUGGAUGAGUGGAUCUUUCUCUCAUGUGCUAUGGGAACUCUGCCUAUAUAAAUGUCUGACAAACUCUACCAGUGCUUUAUAACCUUGUGUCUUCUACCUUCUGGUAAGCCACAAUUUCCUGCUUAUGCAUCUCUGUGGAAGAAGCCCUUCAUAUAUGUGACUGCAUGUGGUGAAUAGGAGAGCAAGAAGAGUUGGUGUUAUUUUUAUCCUAUCUGUUCUCAAAACAGCUCUCCCAGUCACACACCCCUCCAAUAGCCUUGGAGUGGAGGGCAGGUGCAGAGCCCUGUGGGGACACUUGGUACUUGGCCAGGGGCUGGCAGGCAGGAGGGCUCCUGCAUGCCCUGCAGGUGGGAUUCCUGCUCCAUUUCACUGCAGGGCAUUCUGGGCAGACCUGUGAGUCCAAUUCUGUGUGCCCAGGCCAAAGCAUUACGAUUUCAAGGACAAAUUUGGCUGUUCCUUUUGAAACUUCACUGUCAUUUAGCACCUCCAGUCUGGCUUGGAAAAAUGCAGAAAUUCCUAUAAUAAAUGUGUUUUGAAAAGUA